CCCCCCUUGAAAACCUUGGAAUGUGUCACCACAGCAGCCUUCGGAAGACCUUUAAUAUAAUACAUCAGAAUGUUACAGCCACACAUACACUUUUUCCUUCUUUCAGCCACAGAUAACUUUUCUUUUUAAACUAUUAAUUUAAUGAUUUAAUUAACAAUAGUCACCUAUUUUAUUUCCAAUAAUACCUGUUUCAAUUCCUAUCAUGGAUAUCUUAAUUACAGUCAUACCUGUUUCAACUACAAUCACACCAGUUUCAACUACAAUCACACCAGUUUCAACUACAAUCAUACCAGUUUCAACUACAACCACACCAGUUUCAACUAUAAUCAUACCGUUUCAACUACAAUCAUACCAUUUCAACUACAAUCGUACCAGUUUCAACUACAAUCACACAAUUUCAACUACAAUCAUUCCAGUUUCAACUACAAUCAUACCAGUUUCAACUACAACCAUACAAGUUUCAACUACAAUCAUACCAGUUUCAACUACAAUCAUCCCAGUUUUAACUACAUUCACACAAGUUUCAACUUCAAUCAUCCCAGUUUCAACUACAAUCACACCAAUUUCAACUACAAUUAUACCAGUUUCAACUACAUUCAUACCAGUUUCAACUAUAAUCACACCAGUUUCAACUACAACCACACCAGUUUCAACUACAAUCACACCAG